ACUGACAGGAGGGACGAACUGCAUCUGCGCAGAAGGCUGUAGGGGGGGUGGGGGGGAGGAACAUGGCGCAAGCUCUGUCUGAGGAGGAGUUUCAGCGGAUGCAGGCUCAGCUCCUGGAACUCCGGACAAAUAAUUACCAGCUUUCAGAUGAAUUACGCAAGAAUGGCGUUGAGCUCACCAGUCUUCGACAGAAGGUCGCCUACCUGGAUAAGGAGUUCAACAAAGCUCAGAAGGCACUGAGCAAGAGCAAGAAAGCUCAGGAAGUCGAAGGGCUACUGAGUGAAAAUGAGAUGCUGCAGGCAAAGCUGCACAGCCAGGAGGAGGACUUUCGUUUGCAGAACAGCACGCUUAUGGCAGAGUUCAGCAAGCUCUGCAGCCAGAUGGAGCAGCUGGAGCGGGAGAACCAGCAACUGAAGGAUGGGGCUGCCAAGGCAGGCACUGCCCAGGCUGGGGGUCUUGUGGAUGGCGAGCUGCUGAGACUGCAGGCAGAGAACACGGCCUUGCAGAAAAAUGUGGCAGCCCUGCAGGAACGCUAUGGGAAAGAGGCUGGGAGAGCCCAAGCUGCCAGUGAGGGCCAAGGGGACCCCCCGGGGGGCCCCGCCCCCACUGUCCCAGCCCCCAUGCCACUGGCAGAAGUGGAGUUGAAAUGGGAAAUGGAGAAGGAAGAAAAGAGAUUGCUCUGGGAGCAACUACAAGGCUUGGAGAGCUCGAAGCAGGCAGAAACAUCCAGGCUGCAGGAGGAACUUGCUAAGCUAUCUGAGAAACUGAAAAAGAAACAAGAAAGUUUCUGCCGUCUGCAGACAGAAAAGGAGACACUAUUCAACGACAGCCGGAAUAAGAUUGAGGAGUUACAGCAAAGGAAGGAAGCAGAUCUCAAAGCCCAGUUGGCUCGCACUCAGAAGCUGCAGCAGGAACUCGAGGCUGCCAAUCAGAGCUUGGCGGAACUGAGAGAUCAGCGGCAGGGGGAGCGCCUGGAGCAUGCAGCAGCUCUGCGAGCCCUACAGGAUCAGGUGUCCAUCCAGAGUGCAGAUGCACAGGAACAAGUGGAAGGACUUUUGGCUGAGAACAACGCCUUGAGGACCAGCCUGGCUGCCCUGGAGCAGAUCCAAACAGCAAAGACCCAAGAACUCAAUACACUCCGGGAUGAGAAUGCCGGUCUGGCGGCUGAUUUGCAGCAGCGGCAGACUGAGUAUGAGGACCUCAUGGGACAGAAGGAUGACCUCAACUCCCAACUGCAGGAGUCACUGCGGGCCAAUAGUCGGCUCCUGGAGCAACUUCAAGAAAUCGGGCAAGAGAAGGAGCAAUUGACCCAUGAGCUGCAGGAGGCUCGGAAGAGUGCCGAAAAGCGGAAGGCCAUGCUGGACGAGCUGGCGAUGGAGACGCUGCAGGAGAAGUCCCAGCAUAAGGAAGAGCUGGGCGCGGUCCGACUGAGGCAUGAGAAGGAGGUGCUGGGGGUGCGUGCGCGCUACGAGCGGGAGCUCCGAGAGCUGCAUGAAGACAAGAAGCGGCAGGAGGAGGAGCUCCGCGGGCAGAUCCGUGAGGAGAAGGCCCGAACUCGAGAACUGGAGAAUCUCCAGCAGACUGUGGAAGAACUUCAAGCUCAGGUACAUUCUAUGGAUGGAGCCAAGGGCUGGUUUGAACGACGCUUGAAGGAGGCCGAGGAAUCCCUGCAGCAGCAGCAGCAGGAGCAAGAGGAAACCCUCAAGCAGUGCCGGGAGCAGCACGCUGGCGAGCUGAAGAGCAAGGAGGAGGAGCUGCAGGGGGUGCGGGAUCAGCUCCAGCAGGCCCAAGAGGAGAGGGACUGCCACCUGAAGACCAUCAGCAACCUGAAACAGGAGGUGAAGGACACAGUGGACGGGCAGCGGAUCCUGGAGAAGAAGGGCAGUGCUGCGCUCAAGGACCUCAAGCGGCAGCUGCACCUAGAGCGGAAAAGGGCUGAUAAGCUGCAGGAGCGGCUGCAGGACAUCCUUACCAACAGCAAGAGCCGCUCUGGCCUCGAGGAGCUGGUUCUCUCAGAGAUGAACUCGCCCAGCCGGACCCAGACUGGGGACAGCAGUAGCGUCUCCUCCUUUAGCUACCGGGAGAUUUUGCGGGAGAAGGAAAGCUCAACUGUUCCAGCCAGGUCCUUAUCCAGCAGCCCUCAGGCCCAGCCUCCGCGGCCAGCCGAGCUGUCCGAUGAGGAAGUGGCUGAGCUCUUUCAGCGCCUGGCAGAGACACAGCAGGAGAAAUGGAUGCUGGAGGAGAAGGUGAAGCACCUGGAGGUGAGCAGUGCCUCCAUGGCGGAGGACCUUUGUCGGAAGAGUGCCAUCAUCGAGACCUAUGUCAUGGAUAGCCGGAUCGAUGUGUCUGUGGCGGCAGGCCACACGGACCGCAGUGGGCUGGGCAGCGUCCUGAGAGACCUCGUGAAGCCAGGUGACGAGAACCUUCGGGAAAUGAACAAGAAGCUCCAGAACAUGCUGGAGGAGCAACUCACCAAGAACAUGCACUUGCACAAGGACAUCGAAGUUCUCUCCCAGGAGAUUGUGCGGCUCAGCAAGGAGUGCGUGGGGUCGCCUGACCCGGACCUAGAACCAGGAGAAGCCAGCUAAAGACCUGCAGGCUGCAGCUGCUCCCUCCCCUCCCCCCUCCCAGGACAACUUGCCCUUGGGCUCUGGUGGGAAAAUGGGGCCAAAAUCAAAUAGGUUGGGAGACUGCACAUUAAAGGGGCUGGAGGCCUGAUGGUUGGUGUUAGUGACCCUGUUUUAGGGCAAAAGCCCUCGGGGAAUGGGGAUCCUGAGGGGAAGGGCAGGGAUUUCUCAUCUUUCUUGGCCCUGGCUCCCAGAGGCCUUUGCCUUCACCUCUGCAUGAGCUCUCCCUCCCCAGAGACCAACUCUUUUUUAUUUUAUUUUAUUUUUUAAUUUAUGUCUGGAAGCCUGGCUACUCUGCAUUUGGGAUCGGGGAUGUUUGGGUGGGGUGCGGUCCUUGUUAGCGUUCUAGCAACGUGUGUGUGUGUGUGCGCGCGCGCGUGUGUGUAAAGGCUGCAGCCAAAAUACCAUCUGGCCAGACGGGCCCACCCAC